CAUUGCUGAAGCAAACAGCUGUUCGUGCAAAUUAAGACCAGUAGGAUACAUUGAUAGAUUAAAUUAGCUUGUAUAUCAGAAAGUUAAUUGCAAAAAUUUCUUCAAAAUAAGCUUCUUUCAGUCGACCUGUUGAUUAAAAUUUCGUAAAUAAAAUUAUAACGAACAUAUAAUGUCUGUGACAUUUUGUGCACUAGCAGCGUAACUAAGAAACAGCGAAAGUAAUUAUCGGAAAAAAGAAUAACUGGUGAACCAAAAAUGUCCACUUAUUGUCGUGACACCGAAUUAAGGAAUGUACAAACUAAUGAUUUAUACAAACUGGCUGUCAUCUUAGACGAUAAUGAUUAUUGGAAAAAGUUAAUGGAAGCCAUACCGAAGGAUAUAAAUAACAAAACAUUUGGAUCUCCUUUGCACCCUAUCUUUGAUGAUAACGGAGGAAGAAAAUAUUCCAAUGACCAUAUACGUCUUAUACAGAACGCUUUUAAAAGAACAGGAGAAUCAAGACUGUGUCCCCAAAUAUUAUUCGAUGAGUGGGGCUCCUCCGGACGCAAAAACGAGCGGCCAACAUUAGGCGUGCUUUUAAAUUUACUAUUAAAGGCACAGCUUUUUCGUGCUGCAGAUUUUGUGGCAGAGAAUUUUCUUGGAGAGCCUAAACCUCCUCGGCCCACGGAUGGACCCGGCGCUGAAAUCACUUGUGAAUUACCAUCUACUAUAUAUGAGGAUAUCUGUGAAAUGGCUAAUGACAGUCAAAAUUAUCCUGGAACUGAACUUAUACUACAAAAUGCAAAUUUUGGAAAUAGUUUAAUGGACAACAACAAAGAUUACUAUACAAAAUAUCGAGAUCCAAUUGAAAAGAUAUUUGCUCCGGCCUUUGCAUCUGCUAAUGACAAUGGUGUAGCUCCAAAACCUCCACCGAGAUUACACAAAUCAGUGAAGCACUUGGAAAAACAGAAACAAAGCCAGAAGAAAAAAGCAAAUCACACAUAUGUUCCACAUACAAACCUUUUUGAUGAAACUGCCAAAAUUACUAACCAUCACAAUAUAUUUACCAUAAACGAAUAUGAACCUCCUCCCCAAGAACUAUCCAGUUUGGUAACACCAGCAAUGCCAUCCGAUAAUUUGCCAAAGAUAUCAUUGCUGUUGGAAUCUACCAACAGUAAAUUGGGUAAUUCUCUAAUGUCCUCCGAAGACUCUACCCCUAAGCUAAGUUUUUUAAUAGGAAAUUCCAUUCGAUUGUCAGACACAUCUGAGGAAAUACGGAACUGUACAGAUAGUGCCCCAAAUAUUGAAUAUAAGGCUAGAGACGACUUAAAUUCAACUUUUAGUGACAUUCCCCACAGUAAACAACAUAGUCAUGACUUGCCUGCCAUAAGUGCAUUAAAUUUGAAUGGCGAGAGAGAUCCUUUAAGCUAUAGCAACAGCAUUAAAAAUGUACCAUCUGUUGCUUUAAAUUUCAAAGCUAGUAGCCAAGAUACCGAUGAACAUGUUCAUAUAUCAUCUGCGACCAAAGGAAAGAAUAGUGACACACAUAUUGACACAGAUAUUGGUGCCGUAGGUAAUAUAGUUGAUGAUAGCGAUAAUUCCGAAGUUGACGAAGACAAUGACGUUGAUGUUUAUAUAGAAGAUGACGAUGCGGAUGUUCCAAAUUUAAGCAUAUUUAAUGAUUCAAGCUUAACAAGUGUGACUAACACAAGUGGAGAAAACAGUUUCGAACAGAACAACGACAGUAGACCCACGUCUACAGAUAACAUGCUACCACUCACUACAGAAGGCAUUCCAAUUACAAAUUAAUUUUAACAGUUCUUUAUAUUUCUAAUUUUUAUAAGCUUAAACAAAUUGAAUUGUUAACUUAUGGAGAUUUUUAUAAAUAUAGACGAAGACAAUAUCGUUGAUGUUUAUAUCGAAGAUGACGACGCGGACGUUCUAAAUUUAAGCAUAUUUAAUGAUUCAAGCUUAACGAAUGUGACUAACUCAACGAUGGUAGACCCACGUCUACAGAUAACACGAUACUACUCACUUCAGAAUGCAUUCCAAUUAUAAAUUAAUUUGAAUAGUUCUUUAUAUUUCUAAUUUUUAUAAGCUUGAACAAAUUGAAUGGUUAACAUAUGGAGAUUUUUAAUUUUUUUUCUAAAUAUUUUCCGCCUUAUUAACAGAACUUAAUGUAGAUUUAAAUUAGGUUUCUUUGGCAUAUUUUCUUUAUAGAACUAUAAAAUAAACAUAUUUUAAGGCUUCAUAAAGUUUUGUAAAUUAGGCCGUUUAUGUAUACUUUGUAUAUAACAUGUUGCAAAUUAUCUAUGGAAUUAAGUAUAGACAUAUAUAUAUAUAUAUAAAUCGGCAAAUGUGUAUUUUUUUCUGGAUUGUAUACGAUUAAUCUGCUUUUUUCACGGAAGUUUGUGAUUACAAAUCGUAUGCAAUUCGUGCUAUGCAUAUGUUCAUUCUCCGGUUCAUUUCUUUUACAACACAUUUCGUUGGACUUAUGCAACCAAUAACAAAAAUAAUUAGUAACAUGCAUAAUACAAUUAAAUUAAAAAAAAAAAAAACUUUCAAUGCAGUUUAAAUAAAUUACAAUUAUAAUAAACGAAAUAAAAUGUACAAUUAAAAUGAAUAUUUAUUGCCUGUAACAUAGUAAAAUAUAUAAAUAAAAAGUAAUCUUUACUGCAUA